CGGGAGGGGGUUGGGGCCGGUGGGAGAGGCGGUCGCCCGGCCCCGCGGCGCACAAUAGCGCGGCAGCGGGCGGGGGCGCGGCUGCAGCUGGAGCCCGAGGUGCCGGCGGCCACCGACGCCCCUCGGCCUCCCCCGCACACGCCUCCCUUCGGCUCGUCCACCGCGUCUCCGCGCGCCUCCCUGCCCGGCCCGCGCCCCGCGCCCCGCUCCGCCGGCGCGUUCCCCUCAUCCUCCCACCCCUCGCCCGCUCCGCGCUCGGAUCCCCUCCCAGGGCGGUCUCCCACUUCGGCCCGGCGGCCCGCGAGCCCCCACACCCGCCCCGCAGCACCCCUGCACCCGCGGCGCCCGACCCCUCCCGGCCCGAGGGGAUCCCCGGCCCUGCCAGAGCGCGCGGCGGCGGGAGCGAGAAAGUGAGGCGGCCCCGCGCACCCCCGGCUCGGCCGCCGCCCCCGGCUGAAGGAGGAGGAGGAGGAGGAGGAGGAGGAGGAGGAGGAGGAGGAGGAGUAGCCGAGUCCAGCCGAGCGAGCGCGGAAGUAGCUGCUGGUGGUGGUGACAAUGUCAAAUAACGGCCUGGACAUUCAAGAUAAACCCCCAGCCCCUCCAAUGAGAAACACCAGCACUAUGAUUGGAGCUGGUAGCAAAGACGCCGGAACCCUAAACCACGGCUCCAAACCUCUGCCUCCGAAUCCAGAGGAGAAGAAAAAGAAGGACCGGUUUUACAGAUCCAUUCUACCUGGAGAUAAAACAAAUAAAAAGAAGGAGAAGGAGCGGCCAGAGAUUUCUCUGCCUUCAGAUUUUGAGCACACGAUUCACGUUGGGUUUGAUGCUGUCACAGGGGAGUUCACAGGGAUGCCAGAACAGUGGGCCCGCUUGCUUCAAACAUCAAAUAUCACUAAGUCGGAGCAGAAGAAAAACCCGCAGGCUGUGCUGGAUGUAUUAGAGUUCUAUAACUCCAAGAAGACCUCCAACAGCCAGAAGUACAUGAGCUUUACAGAUAAAUUAGCUGAGGAUUAUAAUUCUUCUAACACUUUGAAUGUGAAGACUGUGUCUGAGACCCCCGCAGUGCCACCAGUCUCAGAAGAUGAAGACGAUGAUGAUGAUGCUACCCCACCUCCAGUGAUUGCUCCACGCCCAGAGCACACAAAAUCUGUCUACACACGGUCUGUGAUUGAACCACUUCCUGUUACUCCAACUCGGGAUGUGGCUACAUCUCCCAUUUCACCUACGGAGAGUAACAUCACUCCUCCAGAUGCUCUGACCCGGAAUACCGAGAAGCAGAAGAAGAAGCCUAAAAUGUCUGAUGAAGAGAUCUUGGAGAAAUUACGAAGCAUAGUGAGUGUGGGCGAUCCUAAGAAGAAAUAUACACGGUUUGAGAAGAUUGGACAAGGUGCUUCAGGCACUGUGUAUACAGCAAUGGAUGUGGCCACAGGACAGGAGGUGGCCAUUAAGCAGAUGAACCUUCAGCAGCAGCCGAAGAAAGAGCUGAUUAUUAAUGAGAUACUGGUCAUGAGGGAAAAUAAGAACCCAAAUAUUGUGAACUACUUGGACAGUUACCUCGUGGGAGAUGAGCUGUGGGUUGUCAUGGAAUACUUGGCUGGAGGCUCUUUGACAGAUGUGGUGACGGAAACCUGCAUGGAUGAAGGCCAGAUUGCAGCUGUUUGCCGUGAGUGCCUGCAAGCUUUGGAGUUUCUGCAUUCCAACCAGGUCAUUCACAGAGAUAUCAAGAGUGACAACAUCCUGUUGGGAAUGGAUGGCUCUGUCAAGCUAACUGAUUUUGGAUUCUGUGCCCAAAUCACCCCAGAGCAAAGCAAACGGAGCACCAUGGUGGGAACCCCGUACUGGAUGGCACCAGAGGUUGUGACGCGGAAAGCCUAUGGGCCCAAGGUUGAUAUCUGGUCCCUGGGCAUCAUGGCCAUCGAAAUGAUUGAAGGGGAGCCCCCGUACCUCAAUGAAAACCCUCUGAGAGCCUUGUACCUCAUCGCCACCAAUGGGACCCCAGAGCUGCAGAACCCAGAGAAGCUGUCAUCUAUCUUCCGGGACUUUCUGAACCGCUGUCUUGAGAUGGAUGUGGAGAAGAGAGGUUCGGCUAAAGAGCUGUUACAGCAUCAGUUCUUGAAGAUUGCCAAACCCCUCUCCAGCCUCACUCCACUCAUCGCUGCAGCAAAGGAGGCAACCAAGAACAAUCACUAAAACCACGCUCACCCCUGCCUCCUUGUGCCAAGCCUUCCGUGAAAUUAAUGCUAAUUCCAGAAAUUCCAACCCUUGAUGCUCUCUCUUCCUUGCCUUGCUCCUCCCAUUUCCUGGUCUAGUGCUCUCAAGACUUUGAUCCUUGAAAACCAUGUGUCCAGCAUUGAAGAGAAAUGCAACUGACUACUCAGAUGACGGCCAUCUGAGUAAGGAAUUUCCUCCUGAUCUGCAGAUGUGAGGAUGGCUUAUGAUCCGAGCUCAUAGGAAUAAACCCUUGGACUCCUGUUUCUACCUAGCAAAAUCUUCUUCACAUACCACCUCUUCCCAAACCCCAGGCCAAUCCAUUUUUGGCUGUAUAAAUUUUUGGCUUUAUAACAUUAUCAAUUUGUAAUUGGUUGAGGCUUCUUUAGUUCUUGAUUUUCUGUGACUGAACUGCCCAAACACCGUAUUGUACUUGAAAAUUGGAACAGCUUGAGGAAUGCCCUUGGGGUUGAUAAUCUGUCAGGGACAUGAAAUGACCCAGCUUCCUGGACCAUGUCUGUGGCACAGCUGAUACUGAGUUGGGAAGAGAGGGCUACCACAUUUUUCCCUGUGUGUGCUUCUACAGCUGCUUGGGAGGGUCUUGACCCAGUAGUGUUCCCCAUGCUAUUUCUUGUGAGAUGGUCUUGGCUAUCUAUGUAGCAGCUUUUGACUCCCUACAUCCUUUAGACUGCUGCUCCCCAUUCUGUCCUUGUUUAGAACACUGAGAAGUUUCCUAGGGCCUAUGCUGAGAGCAGUGUGAGAAGUCAGGAGAGAAAACAUUAGCUGCUUUUAGAACAAGGCUGGAUAUCAGUACCUGUCCAGCGAUACCUAUGUGAUAUUUUAAGAACUCCGUCUCUUUUUCCUUUUGGGAUAAGGAGCUGAAAGGUUAAGUGAGAUCUCCCAAUGGCCUGAAUCUUUCGGUCAAAGGGAAGGAUCUCCAAAUCUGAGACUACAUGUUAGUUUGGAUGGACUUGGUGGCUUGAGAUGAUACUCUGCCAGCUGUGAGGGGGGACCCUGUUUUCACAAUGCAUGGCCAAGCUCUCUGCAAAUGGAAAUGCUUGCACUGGGUGUUUGGGAUGUUUGCUACCUCCUGCUAUCUGUGGUUUUGGUCCUGCCACUAUGGUAGGACCCCUGGCCAGCAUUGUGGCUUGUCAUGUCAGCCCCAUCGGCUACCUUGUUAUGCUCUGAGGUACUACUGCCUCUGCAGCACAGGUUUUAUUUCCUUCAAUAAAAGAGGAUGAAAAUACUCUACUUGGAGUAUAUGCCUUUCUUUUUUCCUUUAUUUCCUCGUUUUUUUAUUUUGACAUAAUCUCAAACUAAAGAAAACAAAUUUAUGAGAUAAAUAUAUGUUUUUCUUCUCCAUUUGAGAUUAAGUGUAGAUAAAAUGCCCCUUCACCCCUAUAUAUUUCAAUGUGUAUUUUUUCUUUAAAAAAUAUAUUUUAGAGAGGAAGGGAGAGGGAGAGAGAGAUAGAAACAUCAGUAAUGAGAGGGAAUCAUUGAUAGACUGCGUCCUGCACACCCCACACUGGGGAUUGAGCCCACAACUGGGGCAUGAGUGCUGACUGGAACCAAACCGUGACCUGGUUCAUAGGUCGAUGCUCAACCACUGAGCCAUGCUAGCCAGGCUCUUUCUUAACACUUAUAUUUUAAAUAUAAAUUAAGAGAAAUGGGCCAAAAUGUUUGUAUAUUAUAAGGUACUAGGGGCCCAGUGCACGAAUUCAUGCACCUUGAAAGGAACUGUGGGCCGCAAGGCUGCAGUGGCACAGGGGCGAGUCUCGGCCCAUCCUCCAUGCCCCCGCCUGGCCCCUCCUGUUGCAGCCCGGGUUCCCACUCCCGCCACCGCCGCUCCCAUGCACUCAUGGCGCUGGCCCUGCUCACACCCCUGUUGGCACAGAGCAAUUGGGGCCAGUGCCGCCAGGGGGUGCAAGUGGCAGCUGCUUCCCCGAUGACCCCCCAGGAGCAGGGGGAGGUGGAGAAGCUCUCAGGGGCUAUUGGGACCGGCCUGGGGCGUUGGCAGUGGGUGAGAGCGGUGGCUCUGGCACCGGCUGCCAGUGUGAGUGGGGCCGGCGCCAGCAGUGGGUGCAAUCAGGGCUGUCGCUGGUAGCGGGUACGAGAGGCGGCUGUCGGCCUUGAUCACCCUUCAGGAGCAGGAGGAGGUGGAGAAGCCCUGAGGGGUGAUUGAAGCUGGCAGCCGCCACUCGCACCCGCUGACGGCGCCAACUGAUCAGGGCCGGCACAGGGCGCUGGCAGUGGGUGCAAGCAGCAGCUCUGGUGCCGGCAGCAGGUGCGAGCGCCCAGUGGGACCGUGGCACGUGGGAGCAAAGAAUUUUCAGUAACCACCGGAGGCUCACCCCCAUGGCAGCGACCGGAGCUUCACCUUAGUCUGCAUCCCCACUCACCUGCUCCACCAUCCCGCCACAGCCAACGCCAAUCAUGUUCCGCGCUCUGCCACCUGCUGCUGACGCCUGCCAUGUUCUGCCUGCACCCCUGGUGGUCUGUGCAUGUCAUAGCAACCGGUUGUUUGGUUGUUCUGCCUUUCAGUCUAUUUGCAUAUUAAUGUUUUAUGUAUAUAGACUAGAGGCCUGGUGCACAAAACUCAUGCAUGGGAGGGUGUCCCUCAGCCCGGCCUGUACCCUCUCACAUCCCUCGUGGGAUGUCCGACCGCUGGUUUAGGUCUGAUCCUGCAACUGACAGUUGCAUAUCCCUCUCGCAAUCCGGGACCUCUGGCUCCUAACUGCUCUCUUGCCUGCCUUAUCGCCCCUAACCGCUUUCCUGCCUGCCUAAUCACCCUUAACUGCCUCUCCCUCAGCCCCUGGCACCCAUGACCUAGGCUUCCCUCUUCCGGCCGGCCGCAAGCAACCAGGACCCGGGCUUCCCUCCCUUUGACCGGCCGCAGGCACCCAGGACCCCAGGUGGCACCACCUGGGCCCCAGCUUUGUCAGGAAGGACGUCCAGAAUUUGUCCGGUCUAUCUGGUCUAAUUAGCAUAUUACCCUUUUAUUAGUAUAGAUUGGCUCAAGCAGUUAUGGAGCCUGAGAAGUUUCAUGAUCUGUGUCUGCAAGUUGGAGACCCAGAAAAACCAGUCGUUUAAAAGUCUGACAGUCAGAGAGCCAAUGGUGUAGAUUUCAGUCAAAGUCUGAUGUCAGAACCAGGAGCACCAAGGGCAGAAGAUCAAUGUUCCAGCUCAGUAAUCUAGCAGAAAGCAACCUUCCUCCACCGUUUUCUAUUUAGCCCCUCAACUAAUUGGAUGAUGCUCACCAACAGUGGGGAGGGCCAUCUACUUUACUAGGCCCUUCAAUUCAAAUGCUAAUCUCUUGUGGAAACACCCUGCAAAUACACCCAGAAAUAAUGUUUAACCAGAUACUAUACUGGGCAUCUUAUGGCCCAGUCAAGUUGACACAUGAAGUCAACCAUCAACCUCCCCAGCCCCACCUUCAGGCAAAAGAUGCUGUCAGCUUAUGGCUUUUAGAUCAAGGGGUCAAUGUAUUAAGAUUGGUGACCCCCCAAUAUUGUUUUGUGUAAGAAAAUAAAGGCACAGGAGAUCCUCCAUGCAGUUACUGAAAUUGGGUUGCUUAUGUGUAAGAGAGAAGGAAUGUUAGAUGAUGGUAUGGGAGUGAUGAGAACCCAGACUACCUGUUCACUUUGAGAUUGCAAUGGUAAACUGGUUAGUCUGAUGAGGCCUGAGGAAUUGUUAACCGAUUGCCCCUCUGCAAUCUUAAAGUUGUCUGAUUAGUUGGAUGUCAAAACAGAAGCACUGACUGUCCUGUGACCCUUCCAUUAUAGGGAUGACUGUUUACUGCUGGGAUAUCUAGCCUCCACUCAGAUAAUGGAAUAUUCUUCAUGCUUAGGCAGCUUAACAGCAUAUUUGCAUGCCUUUUUAAAAAACUAUAUCUGCAGAGUGAUGGAGACAAGAGAACUCUGAAACUCAUAGACAAUUGCUACUUGUCUAAUUUUAUAUUGGCACUGAACAUAGCUGUCUCCUCUGUGUUAGCUUUCUAUUGCUACAUAAUAAAUUACCACAAACAUUGUGGCUUAAAAUAGCACAAAUUUCUCUAUACGUCAGAACUCUAGGCACAGCACGGCUGGAUUUUCUGCUCAGGAUUCUAGGCUUGAAUCAAUGUGCCAUCUAAGGAUUCUGCCCAGAACACCCUCCAACGUUCUAUCUGCUCUCAGCCAUCUGUCAAGGACCCAGGCAGCUGGGUUUAGUGCUCAGAACUCAGGUCAAAGCUAGAGAAAUAGAGGAAUCAAAGAUUAAACAAAACUAGAACAGGCUAGUUUUAAGCAGGUUAGGAAAAACAACAACAAAUAACCAGGCUGCAAAAAAUAUUUAAUGCCUAAACUGAAUGAUUAACAAGUUUAUACUUGUUAUUUUUAUAAGAACCAAAGCAGAAGCAAGCAGGGAGUACUCUACAGCCUAAAAGGCACAUUUCAGAUGUGCUCUGCAAGCUAAGGUUGGGGUUGGGCUUCACUGCAGCCUCCAGGCAGCUGAGGGAGCCUCGGAGGCCACGCCCCCGGCCACGCCCCCGGCCACGCCCCCGGCCCGCAGGCGCAUCCUCAGCCCGGCCUCCAUCCUGAGAGACGCUGGUCUGGUCAGUGCGAGGCCCAGGCCUGAGCUUGGGCUGGGAAGUCACGGUAAGUCAAGUGUCCAGCUCCCCGCUUCCCACUAACAUCUUCCGAAACAGGAGCUACGUUCCUGAUCAGGUUGGCAGUCAGACCUGCGGCCUGGGGGCUCAGUCGGCUCCCGGGGCGGUUGGCCCUGGGGCUGCCAUUACCUGCGGGGCUGGUGGGGCAGCUGAGGCUCAAGGGCUUCCACCUGUGCGGCCCCCGGGGCCACCUCUCGGAGGGACCGCAGACCCGGCCGGCCUCCGGGUGGGCCUAUCGGGAAGUCCCCGCAGGUGUGGAGGGCCCGGCGCCUUUGUCUGGGGGUCACAGCCCAGCUGCGAGGAGUCCAGCGUCUGAGCAUCGUGUGUAAGGAGCUCUGUCCGGGUUCCUGGCUUAUGGCGGGAGGCUGUCUUUUCUAGGCCCUCCAUCCUGGCAGGCGCGCCCUGGGUUUUAAAAAAUAUGUGGGUUUUUGUUUUUGUUUUUUAACUGAUUUUUAAAGAGAGAGGAAAAGAGAGGGAUAGAGAGAGAAACGGAUGAGAGGGAAGCAUCACCCAUUGGCUGCCUCCUGCGCGCCCCCUGCUGGGGACCCAGCGGACAGACACCCUGGCGUGUGCCCCGCCGGGGAAUCAACCCGGGACCUCUUGGUUCUUGGGACUGGGGUCAACCACUGAGCCACACUCACCGGGAACCCCCGCGUUUUGGACACCAGCACCUGGAUGAACAGUGGUGCCCUCUCCUGAGAUGGGAGGAACUUGGGGAGGAAUGGGUCCUGGAGGGAAAAUCAGGUGUUCGGUUCUGGAAUAUUACAUUUGAGAGACGCGUGAGAAAUGCAAGUGGACAUUUCAGUAUGUCGGACGUAUGGGAUUGGAAACCAGAAGAGCUCUGGAAGGGAAGCAGUAUUUAUUGAUCGUCGCUCCCCGCCCCCC